CUGGAACUGUGAAUAACAUCUCCAUGAAGGUAGACUGGACGGAACUGGUCGACUUAUCGAAGUUGUUCAGAGCUUUUCACCCGGAGGGUUCGUAAUGUCACGCGAAUCGGGACGCAGGCCCGUUGAUGCCGAUGACGACGAUGCUCUGGGGAAGCACCAGCGGGACGGGCGCUUCUACAGGGCUCCCGACAGGGAGUGUGUGGAUGCGCUGCUGGAUAUUAGUGAGGAGGAGCAGCAGGCUUAUGAGUCCCAGACUCAAAGUGGCUGGGAGGAAGCUAUGCAAGGAUGGGGUCAGUCUUCCCCUCUUGCUUGCUUGUUUCAAGCCCACAGCAAAGGGACUACGGUCAAAUCAGAUGUCAUAGAUUCCCAUUGUGUUCUGUGUGCUGAUUUAAAGCACCUGAAGCUGUCUGAAAUCCUUGGUCCUGAACGUUCUGGAACCUCUGUUGAACUGUCCUGUGAAACUGCUGAGGAACCUCUUUCUACCACCCCGGAACUCCUAGAGAGAGCUCCCAGCAAUAUUUCAUCCUGUUCUUCCCCAGAAGAGGAAAAAUCAGAUUUUUACUUUGUCCAGGAGAGGAACAUCAAGUCGGACUCUCUUGAAGAUGAACUACUGUUUGAAGGUGAACCAUGCAUAAACAAUCAAACUCUUCCUCACCCCCCUCAGCAUAACACGCAGUGGCCUUUUCUGAAAGAUGAGGGUGUGGAAAAGAUUGCACUCAUCAGCCCCCUUAUUGUAUUGCCCCCUGUAAAAGAAUCUGCACAGGCAAAACCAAAGAGUCCCGGUCUUCUAAACAAGAGAGAAGUUUCUGAUCUGCAUCAAGCAAAAGGGGAGGCUGAGAAAGCUGCUCUGUGUGGCACUUCAGGACCGGUGAUUUUUGGCGAGAAAGUGGACGUUGAUGGAGAACUGGACUCCCCAUAUUCUAGCUCAACUCUAGAUGCCCGUCAAGGAUCUCUUACCUUUAAGCAGAGACUAGCCCAGCACCAGUAUCACCUGCUCUCUACUUUGAGCACCACUGUCUCCAAGAGGCAUCAGCCCUUCAGCACUAUGGCAGACCCCAUAGCCCGGGCUACUUCCCUCUUGGGUAGAAACCUCAAACAGUAUGAGCUGACCAAGUCAGCUCUCAAGCACACCUCUGGCCACAGAUUACAUUUUGGCUUCAGAUCCAAGAAUCUAAGGAGGACAGAGCCUGAGCUCCCAAUGCUGUUAGGCACCAGGGUCCCAAUACCAGUGUCGACUCAACGUUUAUUAUGAAGGAGCUACUCAUCAUUCAUUGCCUCAAUUUAUUAAAGUUCUCUGCAUACCGAGAUGACUUAGAGUCAUACCGUAAAUAUAUCAAUUAGUCUAAGGACUAAAGAUGAAUUACUAAUUCAAAUAUUAUUUUAAAUAAUUACUAGAGAAUAUGUUCUGGUCUGAAAACCUUUAAAGAUUUGUAGAUGGUUUUAGAAAUCUUCAUUAUGCCUAUAUUAAUAAUUUACACACAUUUAUUUAGUAGAAACAGUUAGUAGUUAGCCAUUAUCCGUCUCAUCAAUAGUUAGUUUCUGACCCAGACCACAAUUGGCUAAAUACCUUUGGGUAGCAAACCAAUUUUUAUCUGGCAGGGAACCUUUGUGUUAGAACUCCAGCAACACUGCCCUGCCUGAUUCUUUCAUACCAGUGCAACAGCCACUAUCAUGCCACACCCAUGUCAGUAUCAUUGGUGUACUGAGAACCACCCAUUGCCUAGACGUAGGCAUGUCUAAAACUUACCAGUGAUGAACAGACUGGAGAUAAGUACACCUGUAAGAUAGGUGUACUAAUAAAGUGGCCAUGAAGUAUUAGUGCAAUGUAGGAUUUUAUACUCAAGUGAGACUCUAUUAUAUUUAUAUUUAAAAUAUAUACACUAGUAUGUAUAACUUAGGUCACAACAUAGUUUAAUGGAAUUUAGAAAACACACUGAUAGUGGAUCAAUUCAGGAAUGUGGACCACAAGCAGAAUGUAGUGGUAGCUAAACAGAAGACAAUGUGUCAUUGGAAAAAGUGUCUUUGAAAUGCACAUCAUAUGGGCAGCUUCAAAAGUCACCAUUUUAUAUGUAACUUAAUACCAAUACUUAUUUUAAGGGAGGUAAAGGCAUGAUUGCCACCAGUGUUAAAAAGUGUCCACCUUGUACUGCUGGAAAAUGUAAAGUGCAUUACAAAAGACAAUGAAAGCGUAGCUUGCUGUUGCAAGGGCCUUUCAGUAUUUGUAGUAACAGUGCAGCACCCAUUUCUGGUCAAGAGAGCCUUUCCAGUUACCCAGCAACUGAACUGCCUACUUACAAAGGCUGCUCAGUUAUGUAGCCUCAGGUUCCUGUACUUCCCACGUGCCUUAGUAGUUGUGAGCUGUCAGCAGCAGACACCUACAGCCAAAACAAUGUUUAAAACAAUAUUUUCAAGGAGUUUGGAAGAGUUAGUUUGGAUGAAAGCUAGGCACUUCCUUUAGAGAGUCAGAAUUGUGACAGAGAAAAGACUGCUUUCAUUCUAAUUAAAAAGGAUGUCAAUGUAAA